AUGACGAUGAAGUCGCGUGACAGAAGCUCUCACAGCAAACACAGUGAAAAGACAAGGGAGAGAAGCAACAAAUCAAGGAAAAGGUCACCUUCUGGAUCAUCAAGCUGCAGUUCAGAUGCUUCAGACGACGUACCAAGAACUGAUGCGCAUUCUAGGAAAAGAAGUUACCAUGAUCGGAAAAUGGAUGAAGUUGAAAGACUGGCGGAGAUGGAAAGACAGAGGAGACAAAGGGAGCUAGAACAAAAGAUGGUGGAGGAAGAAACUGCAAAACGAAUUGAAGAGCAAGUAAGGAAGAGGGUUGAGGAGGAAUUGGAAAAACGAAAAGAGGAAAUUGAGGCAGAAGUACUCAGGAGAGUUGAGGCAGCUAAGAAAAUAAUGGAAAAGCAAAUGAUGGAAGAAAUGGAAAGACGGCGACAACUACAGUUGGAAGAGGAAAGGAGGAAAGAGUUUGUGAUUGAAGAAGUGGUACGAUGA